AUGAGUGGCUUUCUGGCCUCCAUGGACCCCCGGCGGGUGCAGUGGGGGGCUGCCUGGUAUGCAAUGCAUUCUCGGAUCCUGCGCACCAAGCCAGUGGAGUCCAUGCUAGAAGGAACAGGGACUACCACCGCGCACGGCACCAAGCUAGCCCAGGUGCUCACCACCGUGGACCUCAUCUCUCUCGGGGUCGGCAGCUGCGUGGGCACUGGCAUGUAUGUGGUGUCUGGGCUGGUGGCCAAGGAAAUGGCAGGACCUGGCGUGAUUGUGUCCUUCAUCAUUGCUGCUGUAGCGUCCAUACUAUCAGGUGUGUGCUAUGCAGAGUUUGGCGUUCGAGUCCCCAAGACUACAGGAUCUGCCUACACCUACAGCUAUGUCACUGUUGGGGAAUUUGUGGCAUUUUUCAUUGGCUGGAACUUGAUCUUGGAGUACCUGAUUGGCACAGCAGCCGGUGCCAGUGCCCUGAGCAGCAUGUUUGACUCCCUAGCGAACCAUACCAUCAGCCGCUGGAUGGUGGACACAGUGGGAACCCUCAAUGGCCUGGGGAAAGGAGAGGAAUCCUACCCAGACCUUCUGGCUCUCGUGAUUGCUGUCAUCGUGACCAUCAUUGUGGCUCUGGGGGUGAAGAAUUCUGUGGGCUUCAACAACGUCCUCAAUGUACUGAACCUGGCAGUGUGGGUGUUCAUCAUGAUUGCCGGCUUCUUCUUCAUCAAUGGCAAAUACUGGGCGGAGGGCCAGUUCUUGCCACACGGCUGGUCAGGGGUGCUGCAAGGGGCAGCCACGUGUUUCUAUGCUUUCAUUGGCUUUGACAUCAUUGCCACCACUGGGGAAGAAGCCAAGAACCCCAACACAUCCAUCCCGUAUGCUAUCACUGCGUCCCUGGUCAUCUGCCUGACAGCGUACGUGACUGUGAGCAUGAUCUUAACGCUAAUGGUGCCAUAUUAUGCCAUUGACACGGAGUCCCCCCUCAUGGAGAUGUUUGUGGCCCAUGGCUUCUAUGCUGCGAAGUUUGUAGUGGCUAUUGGGUCAGUGGCAGGACUGACAGUCAGCCUGCUGGGCUCUCUGUUCCCCAUGCCCAGAGUCAUUUAUGCCAUGGCUGGUGACGGGCUGCUUUUCAGGUUCCUGGCUCACGUGAGCUCCUACACAGAGACGCCAGUGGUAGCUUGCAUCGUGUCGGGGUUCCUGGCCGCUCUCCUCUCACUGCUGGUCAGCCUGAGGGACCUGAUAGAGAUGAUGUCCAUUGGCACACUCCUUGCCUACACCUUGGUUUCUGUCUGUGUCUUGCUCCUUCGAUACCAACCUGAGAGUGACAUCGAUGGCUUUGUCAAGUUCCUGUCUGAGGAGCACACCAAGAAGAAGGAAGGCAUCCUGGCUGACUGUGAGAAGGAAACCUGCUCCCCUGUGAGUGAAGGGGAGGAGUUCUCCAGCACUGCCACCAACACCUGUGGGGCCAAGAACCUGCCGUCCUUGGGGGACAAUGAGAUGCUCAUAGGGAAAUCAGAUAAGUCCACCUACAACGUAAGCCACCCCAACUACGGCACUGUGGACAUGACCACGGGCAUAGAAGCAGACGAGUCAGAAAACAUCUAUCUCAUCAAGUUGAAGAAGCUGAUUGGACCCCGAUACUACACGAUGAGAAUCCGGCUGGGCCUUCCAGGCAAAAUGGACCGGCCCACAGCAGCAACGGGGCACACGGUGACCAUCUGUGUGCUUCUGCUCUUCAUCCUCAUGUUCACCUUCUGCUCCUUCAUCAUCUUUGGCUCCGACUACAUCUCAAGCCAGAGCUGGUGGGCCAUCCUUCUGGUUGUUCUGAUGGUGCUGCUGAUCGGCGCACUGGUGUUUGUAAUCCUGCAGCAGCCAGAGAACCCCAAGAAGCUGCCCUACAUGGCCCCCUGCCUCCCCUUUGUGCCUGCCUUUGCCAUGCUGGUGAAUAUCUAUCUCAUGCUAAAGCUCUCCACCAUCACGUGGAUCCGGUUUGCGGUCUGGUGCUUUGUGGGUCUGCUCAUUUAUUUUGGGUACGGCAUCUGGAACAGCACCCUGGAAAUCAGCGCCAGAGAGCAGGCCCUGCACCAAAGCACAUAUCAACGCUACGAUGUGGAUGACCCCUUUUCCGUGGAGGAGGGAUUCUCCUAUGCCACUGAGGGCGAGAGCCAGGAGGACUGGGGCGGGCCAGCCGAGGACAAAGGCUUCUAUUACCAACAGAUGUCAGAGGCGAAGACAAACACCCGGACGAGUAGCAAAGCAAAAAGUAAAAGCAAACACAAGCAGAACUCAGAGGCCCUGAUUGCAAAUGAUGAGUUAGAUUGCUCUCCGGAGUAG